UUUAGACUUGGAUCGCUGAAGCUACAGAAAGUUUCGAGUCCAGCGGAGGUGGUUAAAGAGCUGAUUGGUUACUGUCUGGACUGCUUGGGAAGACUGCAGGCAAAAACUGAGCAUCUGCAAAAAGAAAAUGAAAGACUUUUCAACGGCUGGAGUGAUGUGGAGAAGCGGCUGGAAAAAUGUGUGAAAGCUAAAGAAGAACUAGAGGCAGAUCUUUAUAACCGGUUUAUUUUGGUGCUGAAUGAAAAGAAGGCAAAGAUAAGAAACUUACAGAAGUUGUUGAAUGAAGCUAAAGAAUCUGCAGCAGAUGCCAAAUGUACAAGGGAUAGUAUAGCUACCACUCAGGUGGCUAUGGGGAGAGAAAAUGACUAUGAUGGCAGCACGGAUGAGGAAAGUGAAAAUUUAACACAGGCCUCAUUACCAUCAG